UCCUGCCUUCCCCUUACUUCUGCUCUGGGUAUCUCCAGCUUCCCCCACCCCCUUUGUCUCAGCCAUAGGCCACGCUGAUUUUGUAACAUAGGUUUCUACUCCCAACAGCACCAGCCCGUGCCUCCAGCCCUAGUUGAACCAUGCCAGAGGAUCCCGCGCAAAACGACAGUGAGAUCGGACAUGAAGACUCAAUCGUGAGUUUGGGUCACAAAGAUGACAAGGGCACCUUAGCCCAUCAACCUCACCUGUCUCCCUCCACGUCCAGGCCCAAGGAGGUCUGGAAGAAAGGAGGGCGCUUGUUCUCCAUCCUGCUGGCUGUUCAUUUAGUGCUAUUAGCCUGCACCCUAGUGAGCAGCGGGGCCUUUGAGAAGAUCGCUGUGCAUGACUAUGACGUGUUCUUCCUGCUGACUGUCAUGAUGCUGAUCGUCAUUAUCUGGAUAUUCUUCUACCUUGUUGGCACUUCCAAACGCCGGAAUGCCAUCCUCUACAAGGACUCCCAUGCAGGGCCCGUCUGGCUGAGAGGAGGCCUGGUCAUGUUUGCCAUUUUCAGCCUUGUGAUGGAUGUGUUUAAAAUUGGGUAUUACUCCAGCUUCGAGAACUGCCAGAUUGCCAUCAAAAUCAUCUACCCAGUUGUGCAGGCCAUCUUUGUGAUCAUCCAGACAUACUUUCUAUGGAUUUCUGCCAAACACUGUGUCCAAGUGCACCUGGAUGUCACCAGGUGUGGCUUGAUGCUGACUUUGACCACGAACCUGGCUGUGUGGAUGUCAGCAGUAACGGAUGAGUCGGUGCAUAAAUCACACUCAAAAUUCAACUCCACAACUGAGCAAUCAGCAGCAUUGAUUAUGAAAGCUGGAAAAGCUUCCUCGGCGGAUGUUUGUCAAUGCAAAACCCAUAUCUGCGAGAUCUUCCAGAACGGCUAUUUUUGGUUGUACCCUUUCAACAUAGAGUACAGCCUCUUUGCCUCUGCCAUGGUCUAUGUCAUGUGGAAGAACGUGGGACGCCUCAUAGAUGAUCACGCCCACCUUGUCCACCACCUGAAGUUCAGGCUUUUCAGAAGGACCUUCUUUGUGGGUAUUGUUUUGGGGCUCAUCGUACUGGUGAGCGGGCUGGGGGUUCUCAUUGUGUAUGAAGUGCAAGUGAACACCCACAGCAACGAAGAGAAGACGAACCAAGCGCUCAUCAUGUAUUACAUCUUCAACAUAGUCUGCCUAAGCCUGAUGUCUGCGGUCUGCAUUGGAGGCUCCGUCGUCUACAGGCUUGACAAGAGAGACAUGGACCGUCACAAGAACCCAACAAGAACUUUGGAUGUGGCCUUAUUAAUGGGAGCAGCCCUAGGACAGUAUGCCAUCUCCUAUUACUCCAUUGUGGCUGUCGUGGCCAGCACUUCAAGGGAUACCAAAAGUGCCCUCAACCUGACCUACUCGCUGCUGAUGAUCGCCCAGCACACAUUCCAGAACAUCUUCAUCGUCGAAGGCCUUCACCGGCAGCCCCCUGAAGAAAGACACAAAACCAGUCCCCACCGGAAAGAUCUGUAUGGACUCACCUUUGUCAACAUCAACACUAUAUCCCUCCGGAUCCCCGAUGGUGGCAGCGUACUAGGAUCCAGCACACCCCCCAACCCAGGAGCAAUCCAAGCUUCUGAUGAUGUGCAGUCCAUAAGGAUGCCCAAGAAGGUGAACUGGAGGAGCAAAGCCUUAAGGGAGAUCUCCUUGUUCCUGCUACUGUCCAAUGUAAUUCUCUGGAUAAUGCCUGCGUUUGGUGCCCGGCCUCAGUUUGACAACAAGCAGGAGCUUGACUUCUAUGGCAAGCCCAUGUGGUCUGCCAUUGUGGACAUCUGCUUGCCCUUCGGGAUCUUCUAUCGGAUGCACGCAGUCGCCAGCUUGCUGGAGGUCUACAUCAUGUCCUAAAAGGGAAGAUGAGAAACUGCUCUCUUGAGCCUCCUUUUCCACCCCCAAGACUGAACGUCUGCAUGGCUGAUCUCAGUGGUUCAGGACUUGCUGGAAUCUCCUGCUGUGGGAUCCUGCAGCAGGGAUAACCCAAGAAGACAGAUUUUAUUUUUAUACUUGUGUGUGUAUGUGUGCGCGCGCGUGUGUGCUUGGGUUUAAAUUUUAAGGCUUUUAAUGAACUGGAAUCAUGAGCACUCUACCUACCAUAUGUUAAAAGAGAACUCCCUUACGUCUCGCAGGAUUGAUCCUGCUGAGCGUCCUCAAUGCCAGUGAUGCUGUUCUCCCAGGCAGCCCUCAGAACCUCAUAGGAUCAGAGCCCGUCUGCAUGCAGGCCACAUCCUGCUUGCAAUAAAUGACCCAUUUGGGUCAGUGAGAUAACUCAGGUGUAUAAGGCAGACUAAAGGAGAUCGCACAAUGUCUUGCCUCUGGGAGUUCAGCUUUAAAGGAAAGGAAUGAAGUACACACAUGUGAAAACUGAACUGAUAAAGCUUGACAGCUCUUGGGAUCACAUUGGCAUGCCCAUCCUCCUGGUCACUGACUGGGGUCCUGCCAGCCUCCCCAUACCACCCUCCAUCACCAUCACCUUGCCCUUCAAUGAGAUAUUACAGCUGCUGAUCAGCUGGCUGAGAAAGACCCCCAACGGAGUGAAAGCUUUCCUCUUCCCAGAACAAACACGAAGCUUCGCUCCUGCUGAAGUCCAGGGAGUUUAGCACGUGAUUGAAGGCUGCCCUGAAUAGGGAUAUAAUCCCAUGCUUUUAAGUGGUUUCCUCAAUCAGGGCUCAGGAGCUGGAACAUCCAAAGGUUAAUGAUAAGGAGACUGAGAAAGAAGGGUGUUUUAAUAGCAUAAUGAUUUUUUUAAUAUAUGAACUUUUUUGUAUAAACAUAUUUAUUGAUUUUCAGUGCAACAGUGAAUGACUAAAGGCUUCACUCCACCACACAAUGCAGCCUGAGACCCAGUGCAUCCUAGAGACCAGAUCUGAACCUUAGAUGAGGGCCAAGGCCUCCCAGUGAGGCCUGUGCAUCAGGUCGCAGAGCUACGAUGUGUAUGCACAAGGUGAAACAAGGCUCAGACAGUCGGGGCUCCGUUUGGCAGGGAGUGAGGUGGGGGGACUGGGAUCAGUAAAUGAUGCAAUGCGGUACAGCUCUGUUUCUAGCUCCGGACAUGCCAUUUACAAAAGAACAAAACAUUAUGUACCACAGAAGGCAAUUGCAGCGGUGAUGAAAGCUGACAAUCAUUUCCCAGUGAUUUUUGCAUAUUCUUUGAAAGAAUAAAUGAAACUCAUAUGCUCUGA